UCUGCUUCCACUCCACACUCCGAUUUCAUUAGCUGCAACUUUUGCAAACUAUUCCUAAAGCAGAAGCUCUAAUCCCAGUCUUUGCUCUUCAUCUUGGAUUUUACUAGCAAAUAACUUACUUUCCUUCUUUCUUUCUUUCUUUCUUUCUUUCUUUCUUUCUUUCUUUCUUUCUUUCUUUCUUUCCUUGCUUACUUGCUUUUAUCAUUCUUUCUCUCUCCACUUAACUCUAGUCUGGAAAACUGCAGGGCUACAUUGUUUUAGCACAACACAAACAUGAUGAAAAAGAUUCUCCCUUUCCAGAAGAUCUCCUUUCUUCAGGUCUACCUUGUUUUUUGUUAUGUUGAUCUGGCCCUGCUUGGCUUUAUCACGUGGGCUCUCCCCAUGGAGGACCAGGAUUACUACCUACAAGAAAUCAUCAAUAGGAAUCAUUAUUAUUCUUAUCCGGAUCCCAAUGAGGACUUGUCACCUUUCACGGAGCAACCAAGAGAGAAAGACUUGAAACCUUCUGCAGAAAUAGAGGUAUCGCCAAGAUUCAAACCAGGCAAGAAAGAGUACAAAUCAAAGAAAAUUAUCAAACCAAGAAAGGAUAAAUCAACUCUGGAAACACCACCAGCCAAAAAUGGUAACAAGAAAGGUGAGAAAAACAAGAAGAUCAAUGAAAGAACACCAGAUGGCGACUAUGAAAGGCGAAACACUGAUGAAGACAGCAGAGAAAGCUGUCCUCCGUUGGGUCUUGAAACUUUAAAAAUUACUGAUUUUCAGCUUCAUGCUUCUACAGUGAAGCGAUAUGGCCUGGGAGCACACAGAGCACGGUUAAACAUACAGGCAGGUAUUAAUGAGAAUGAUUUUUAUGACGGGGCUUGGUGUGCAGGACGGAACGAUCCCCAUCAAUGGAUUGAAGUAGAUGCUCGCAGGCUAACAAAGUUCACAGGAGUUAUUACGCAGGGAAGAAAUUCUCUUUGGCUGAGUGACUGGGUAACAUCUUACCGAGUUAUGGUGAGCAAUGACAGUCAUGAAUGGAUCACUGUCAAAAAUGGUUCGGGAGACAUGCUUUUUGAAGGCAACAGUGAAAAGGAAAUCCCGGUCCUUAAUGAAUUUCCAGUAUCCCUAGUUGCACGUUACAUCCGGAUAAACCCUCAGUCCUGGUAUGAGGAAGGAAACAUAUGCAUGAGGCUUGAGAUCCUAGGCUGCCCUCUUCCAGACCCAAACAAUUAUUAUCACAGAAGAAAUGAAAUGACAACCACAGACAACUUAGAUUUCAAGCAUCAUAAUUACAAAGAAAUGAGGCAGCUGAUGAAGGUGGUAAAUGAGAUGUGUCCAAAUAUCACAAGAAUUUACAAUAUUGGAAAAAGUCAUCAAGGCCUAAAGCUGUAUGCUGUAGAAAUAUCCGAUAAUCCUGGAGAACACGAAGUUGGUGAACCUGAAUUUCGAUACAUGGCAGGGGCUCAUGGGAAUGAGGUGCUUGGGCGCGAACUACUGCUUUUGUUAAUGCAGUUCAUGUGUCAAGAAUAUCUUGCUGGGAAUCUGCGCAUUAAACAUCUCAUUGAGAAUACUAGAAUUCAUCUUCUUCCUUCAAUCAAUCCAGAUGGAUAUGAGAAGGCCUGUGAAGGGGGUUCUGAAUUAGGAGGCUGGUCUUUGGGACGAUGGACUCAGGAAGGUAUUGAUAUCAACAAUAACUUCCCAGAUUUAAAUACACUUCUCUGGGAAUCUGAAGAUCGGAGAAGACUUCUGAGAAAGGUUCCAAAUCAUCAAAUUCCGAUUCCAGAAUGGUAUCUGUCUGAAAAUGCUACAGUAGCAGUGGAAACACGAGCUGUGAUAGCAUGGAUGGAAAAAAACCCCUUUGUGCUCGGAGGGAAUUUACAAGGAGGAGAGCUUGUAGUUGCCUAUCCCUAUGAUAUGGUCCGGUCAGUCUGGAAGACGCAGGAGCACACACCUACUCCAGAUGACCACGUCUUUCGAUGGCUGGCCUAUUCAUAUGCCUCCACUCACCGACUAAUGACGGAUGCUCGGCGAAGAGUAUGUCAUACAGAGGAUUUCCAGAAGGAAGAUGGAACAGUAAAUGGAGCUUCCUGGCAUACUGUAGCAGGAAGCAUAAAUGACUUUAGCUAUCUACAUACAAAUUGUUUUGAAUUGUCUAUAUAUGUUGGCUGUGAUAAAUACCCUCAUGAAAGUGAAUUACCAGAAGAAUGGGAAAAUAAUCGGGAGUCACUGAUUGUUUUCAUGGAACAGGUGCAUCGUGGAAUUAAAGGCAUAGUCAGGGAUCAGCACGGGAAGGGAAUUCCAAAUGCCAUUAUUUCCAUAGAAGGGGUGAAUCAUGAUGUCUGCACAGCAAACAAUGGAGAUUAUUGGAGGCUUCUAAAUCCAGGAGAAUAUGUGGUCAGCGUAAAAGCCGAGGGCUACACUACAUCCAUGAAAAAUUGUGCCGUAGGAUAUGACAUGGGUGCUACCCAGUGUGAUUUCACAAUCAGCAAAACCAAUUUGGCCCGAAUCAAAGAGAUCAUGGAGAAAUUUGGAAAGCAGCCAAGGAGCCUCUCACUUCGAAGGCUCAGACAGCGAGCAAGGCAGAGACGCCAGCAAUAUAGACUGCUUUCCGCAAUGUAACAAAAUAUUGUUAUCAAAAUGCUUUUCAUUCAUGUUGCUGUUAAGAAUUGUAUCUUGAAGAAUAUUUUUGCCUUCACAGUUCAGUGUUUAGAUUUGUGAAUUCUUGUGAAAUUAUUGGAAUUAAGAGGCUCUCCUCUAGAAAGAUACUACAAAGUGAUGAGUAUAGGCCUAGUAUCUCUAAUCCAAAUGGAAAAUAUAUAUCACCAAGACCUGGAAAACAAUCCAGGCUAAUAAACUAAUGGAUAAAUGGUUUAUUGUGAUGGGUUUUUGUUUUUUUUAAAAAAAGCUAUUAUGCGAUGAUUGUCUAACUCGUUAUAUUCUUAUGAAGAUUAAAAAUAUGUUCAAUUUACAUUCAGUUGCAAAGAAAAUUGAAAUAACCGGAGGUAGGAUAAUGAUAGUGGGCGUGCAACAUGCUUGAUUUAUAUUAUUAAUUAGGUCUGUUACUUUACUAAUCUACUUCUGAUUGUGCACUAAAUGUUUUGAAUUAUUACAGUUUAUUUAAGUAAAGCAGUGAAUAACAAUCACUGUGUAUUUCCCAGUUCGUUGUUGGAAUGUUUUUUUGUUCUGUAAUUACCCAUUUUGUCUUUCAGUAAAUGAAACUUUUGUAAUUGGCUAAAUCCAAUAUAGCAGUCAUUUUGUAAAUACUGUUUGCAAAUAUGUAGCAGCCAUACUAUGGAAGGGAAAAAAUAUUCUUCAGAUCUGCUAGCAUCUUUAUCAUUUAACAUGUUGUUUCCUAUAUAUAAGCCCAUUGUGGUCAGUUUGUUAACCAGUAGUAGCUUUCCAGGAUUUAAGGCUGGGAACUUUCUCAUCAUCUACUGUUUUCGUAUCUUUUUAAUUGAAGAUUUCAGCUAUUAGCCAGUCUUUUUUCUAGGUGCUGCAUUAAAAUACUGGUGACACUUUCAUGCGGUAUAUAUAGCUAAGUGUUGGAAGAAAAAAAUGAUGCCUUUCUAUUCUGAGGAGGAACCUACCACAUUCAUGUUUUAAACAUAGCUAGCAGUAGACUGGAGUUGGCUUGAUCAAAUGAGAUGAUUAUCAUUUGAAAACUCUAACAUCAAAGAGAGAUUCUUUUAUGAAAAUGAACUAGUGUAGGUUCUACUACAGACAAUUUCAAAUCAUCUGACAAAAAUGGUAUACUUAAUUAUACAUUCAGCCAUAAUAUGCAUGAGGUGACCUAUGCACAUAGGUCUACUGUUUUGGUUAUCAGAGCCAAGAAUGCAAUACUAUAUGAGAAGGACAAAAGUUAAUUACCACUGUAAUAUACAAUAGUAGAGUUAAGACCCACGAUGGUGCAAUGGUUAGAAUGCAGUACUGCAGGCUACCUCUGCUGCAGUGGUGGGUUUCAAAAAUUGU